AUGGCAGCCAAAUUAGGAAAGCAGAAGAAGGUAGAGGGAGAAGCCCACAGGGCAGGAGCUGUUGCUGCAGCCCCUCGGAAGAAGGCUAAUGAUGCCAAGCCACACCACGGUGCAAUGCACCUUGCCACCACCGCACUUGGCAAUGAGUCUUCUGCCUUAGAAGGCCUCCAGAAGCAGAAGACCAAGCUGAAGCUCAAGAGGCCCCGCGAACCCGAUGAUGCGACGGAGCAGCGAAAGGAGCGGGAGGGAGAGUCGAGGGGACCAGCGACGAAGAAGAAGGUAUUACUUCGGAUUCAGAAGGACCAUCGAAGCACGCAGGAUCCUGCAAACGAUCCUUCCACGGAUAAAACGGAGGCCAGUGCGGAGGUGGGUGGAAGGCCCCCCCUUCACAACAACAUCAGUAGCAGUGCGGCAAAGCGCCGGCGAGAAGAGGAGAGUAAAAGCCCUUCAGGAGGUCUACAAGCCCCCGAAUCCGCGAAUGCAGUAACUGCAGAAGCAGCUGCCGCAGCAGCAGCUGCCGCUGCUCGGUGGGGCAAGGGAAGGCAGUGGGUUGUCCUUCUGAGUUUCUCUCCGUUAGUGCUGCUACGCCGACGCAGCAGCAGCAAGAAGCAAGAGAAGCAUCAGGGGCCGGUCUCCUGUCUCUUUACGGCGGAUGAGCACACGGGUUUCGUAGAGGAUAUGGGCGCCUCGACAGGGCUUUCAGUGGAUAAAAGCCGCAACAGCCACAAUAAAAAGGCCCUAAAUCCCGUAAUGCCACUCAUUCGGCGGGUGCAAGGACACCUCGCCUCUAUCUCCAGCUCUGUCGCUUCUGCCUAUGGAGCUGAAUGCAGCGAGGAGAGAUCUGCCAAAGAAGGUCCUGUGGGGUCUCGCAUGCGGGAGUGCGUUGCAGCGGAGGCCGCUAGAGUUGCUGCCGCUGCUUCGGAUCCUAACUGGAUUGCUUCUGCAUGCAUGAGACCUGACGUCGUUCAUCAGUGUCUGCUGAGUUUCUUGGAUUCACCCCUAAUAAAGCUACUGCGCCUCCAACAGCCGCCACCUCAGCAGCAGCCCCUGGAGCUGCUGGUGCACACGCUGGACGGCAAACUGCUGAGGAUUAACUCGGCCUUUAGGGUACCGAGAACCUUUAAGGUGUUUAAGAAGGUCAUGGAGAUGGCUCUCGCCUCCCCAACUGGGCGUCUUGAGGCAAAAACAGGAGACCAGCAGGAGCAGCAGAAUUCGCAGCCGCUCAUCGAGGUGCUGCAACCGCCGUUUUCGAGGCACUUCCCAGAGGCCCUUGUAACUUCAGGUGGAUUUUGCGACUGUGCGUGCGUGUUGGGGUGUACAUGUGUCUACAGCUGGGUCGCUCUGUCCGAGUCACAUCAUGCUCCUCCCGUGUCUUUGCGCCGUUUCCUCAACGAGCUUCCGGAGGUCCUGAAGACCGGAGCAGCAGACUGCGCCACCAAUAGCAACAAGCUUGCAUCACCAGCCAGCCGAAGGAAGCAGCACCAGGGGCAACAAGGCGUGCCUCCUGUCGUCUUUGUUAUCUCAGCCUCGCCUGCUGUAGACUCCGCGCUGGUCCCUCUGUGGGCCUCUUCCAAUGGAGAUGACGCGGACUGCAGCAAUGCAGGUUCCGAAAGUAACACACAAGAGGACCAGCGGCCACAGCAGCAGGUACUGCCCAUAUCCCCACAUUCGUAUCCGACUCCCGCAGCAUUGCGCUGUGAUAGAUUGCUGCAUGAGUUGGGCCGUGCUGCCUUCAGAAAUGCCAACGCCGCACCUCUGAGGCGGUCUUCACAUACCUGA